CUUUGCAUUGGCUGUUUGACUAUGGCGGUAUAUGCACAUAUUUAAUAGAUCUCUAACGUGUUACGGGAGAACAAAGUCAUUAAAUGCUAACUUGUGCUAAAUAAUAAAUAUUCGAUUUAGAGACAAGUAACUUAUGUAGCACAUAUGACACAUUACAGAAGUGCCAACUAUAAAUAGCUAUUUCAAGACUAUUUUAUUGAACUAAAAAUGGUUAUUUGUAAAUAUUUUCUUCAAGGAUGUUGUCGUUUCGGGCAAAACUGCAGAUAUGAACAUGUGUAUAGUUCUAAAUACUCCUAUCAAGCAAAUACAACCAACACAAGCAGUAAUGUAACGGAUGACCAACUUGUAAGCCAAGUGCAAUCUGACAUUCAAGCUGCUUUAAAUGGUGGACAGUGGAUACUUAGCUGCUAUGCCCCUUAUAAAGAAAAAGCUUGUUUUCCGGGUUUAAAUGACCUUUCACAAGAGGAAGCAAGACUUAUUAUAUAUGAAGCUAAAGCCAACCAAACAUUAGAACAAGCUGUAAUGUAUAUGAAUAAUUUAUUUCAAGAAACAAGGAAUAAAUAUAAGCAACUUUUACAACCUUCUGCAGCGAUUAUAAAAGUUUUACAAAGUAUAUAUAGAGGAGAACCAGUAUCUUCACCUUUUGAACUAGAAAACCAAGCUUUCGGAUCCCAAGCGAAAUCUCUAUUCCGUAGUGCUAUUCAGAAUGACCACUUUCAAAAUAAUACCAGUACACAAACAAAUUCUGUCUUUUCAAGAUUGGGUACCCAAACUUCUAAUACUUUCAACAGUGCCCCAAAGUCAAUAUUUGCACAAGCAGCUCAGAAUACUUUUGGACCAUCUCAGCCAUCUAAUCUUUUUCCAACACAGCCCCAAGAAACAGCAGCUAAAUCCCUUUUUGCUCAAGCUAGCCAAAGUGUUUUUGGGCAGCAGAAACCAAAUGCAAAUGUAUUUGCAACUGAUCAACAGCAAAGUGUGUUUACAGCAAACCAUCAAGCUCAAAGUGUUUUUUCUGUAAGUCCACAACAGCAAAAUUCCGUUAAUCCUUUUGGUAUACCACAGCAAAACCAGAGUGGGAAUGUAUUUCAACAAAAUACUCUGAGUAGAACAGGAUCUGAUAUUUUUGGUAUUUCAAGAAAUGCAUUUGAAAAGGCUCCAGCGGAUGAUGAAAAUGUCUAUAGUAAAAUUGAACUUUUGUCUGAACUAGACUUGGAGGCCUACAAUAGUUCUGAAUUUGAAUUAGGCCUAAUACCAGAAUUACCACCGCCACAUAUCCUAUGUGUGUGAACCAUAAUGUAAUAGAAGAGUAAUAGGAAUUAGUAGUAUUUUAUCAUUAAAACAUUGCGUGUUGAGUGAAGGUGUUUGGGUAUGUGGUACAAAGACAAUGCAAUUCUUGUAUUUUUUUUUCAACAAUUUUACAAUACUCCUGUGAGCAGUGAGGAAUAUAGUUUAUUAUAAAAAAUAUUGAUCUUGAUAAUAUUACUGUAGUAGAAAUUGCAAAAAACUGUACCAGACUUUCUGAUUUUAUGUGACAUUCAGUCUGUACUUGUGAAUGUAAUAUUAUUUAGGAUUUAUUCUUAUACUUAAAACAUUUUUUUGUAAGUUACAAUGUUUAUACAACUUGAUUACUGAAAAAAAAAUGAAUUGGGAAUAAAUAGAGUGAAGAUAA